UAUCAUUUAGGCAUGUCACGGGACCGAGACGUUCGUUUAUGGUAAAGUAAGUAAAAUAAAUCAGUCUGGAUUGGUGUUAUACAAGGAGAUAUACUGUGUCCUGUACUGUUUAUGUAAUUUGACUGUGUUUAAAACAAAAAAUCAUGGAUACCAGAAACAUUAUUGCAGCUUUAAUAUGGGCAAUAGUAUGUGCUGGAUCUAGCUACGGUCACAUUACCGAUUUCGAGCACACUCACUCGCAGUUUGAAGUUGGUCAGGCAGAUGCAAACAUGUCCACGUCAACAACAACUGAGCCAAAGACAGCGAAACCAUUGUCCACAGAUAAUGUUCCUGAUCCAGCGUGUGCAACAGGUUUAAUUUGUAUUCAAGAACUUUUGAAGGUGAAAAGAACUCAAAGACUUACAAUCCAAGAUUCGAAUUCACCAUGGUUAAACCUACCAAAUUACAAAGUCAUCUGUGAUAAAGAUAACUUCCGGUAUAUCGGAUGCGUGCGCAGCAAUUUACGUCAAUGCCAGUCCCCUUUGACGAAACGCUACGGUGACGACUUUACAAAUGAAGAUGCUGAAGAUAUAAAAGGAUUGUAUGAUUUUUCAAAAGAACAUUGCAAUACAAUUAACAACGAAGAUUUCACUGCCAAGUAUAGGUGCAUAGAAGAGAAAUCCACCUCAAAUCAGUUUAGACAAUGUGUCAGAGAGGCAGAUAACUUACCUAGUUCCAAACAGAUUUGUCGGAUACGAGACUGUGUAGCCGACAAUAUAGAGGACAAAUGUAACACCGACAGCUCCCUUCUAUCGCUGUACAUCGAUGCUGUCAACAUUUACCGCCGGGACUCGGUCCGGCUACUGAACAAACAAUGUUCAAGUUCGUCUGCUACAGACAUUGGGUUAUCAAUAGCUGCUAUCAUAAUUUCUAUUUUUAUAGUGGUUGUAGUAUGAAAUUUCAUCCGGGACAUGAUAUUGGCACGUGCUCAUCUCACAUGAAAAUGUCCUGUUGAAUGAGAUGAAUAAUUCCAAAGAAUUUCAGACAUUUUUUUUCAGUAAACACGCCUACUUUAUUUCAUUCACGUGUCCAAACUGACAUAUUUGUGAUUCUUGUACUGAAACAAUGUUACACUAGUAGUUUAGUUGGGAGACAUGAGUCUCACGCAAUCCUUUCAUUCCAUAUAACAAUAUUUGUUAAAAUAUAUUUUAAGAUUAUCCCUUGAAACCACUUGUAUUUCAACAGAUAGGCACUUCGUGAAUAUGACAAACCCCCAUUUUACACAUCAAACACGGUAAAAGACAAUGCAACAUGUAAACUGAAUUUUUGUACUUUCAUAUAAGUUCAACAGUAGACGUGGGGCUGCAUUGCUUUUAGCUUGAAAUAUCAACCGUACUAAAUAAGGGACGCUAAGUUAUUGCUUUUAUUGUCAACCAAAUUUGAGAAUUAAUUCCAUUUGCUUUGUUUUUAGACGCAAAGAAUGAUUUGUCUUUUAGUGGAUAAGGUUUAUAUAGCUAGUUUUAUCAUGUAUUUGUUAAUGACAUGUUUUUUGUGUUUUGGAAAAAGGAAUAUUGAAAACCAAACCAACUUG